AUGACCAAGUCCCAGGGACCAGUAUCAUUCAAGGACGUGGCUGUGGAUUUCACCCAGGAGGAGUGGCAGUAUCUGGACCUUCCCCAGAGGAAUCUAUACAGGGAUGUGAUGCUAGAGAACUAUAUCAACCUCAUCUCAGUGGGAUAUCAAACCACAAAGCCAUCUGUGAUCCACAAGUUGGAACAAGGUGAAGAACCAUGGAUGGUGGAGAGAGAAAUCCCAAAUUGGAACUAUGCAGGUGGAAGAAAGAAUGAAUGUAGCAAAUGUGGGAAAGCCUUCUUCCAGAAGUCAGACCUCAUUAUACAUAAAAGAGCUCAUACAGGAGAAAAGCCCUUUGUGUGUAUGGAGUGUGGAAAGGCCUUCAGCAAGAAAUCCAAUCUUGUUAUCCAUCUGAGGAUCCAUACUCACGAGAAACCUUAUGAGUGUACUGAAUGUAGAAAAGCUUUCGCCCAUAAGUCACACCUCAUCGAACAUGAGAGAAUCCACACUGGGGAGAAACCCUAUGAAUGUGGUGAGUGUGGGAAAGCCUUUUUCCAAAAAUCACACCUCAACAUUCAUCAGAGAACUCAUACUGGAGAGAAACCCUAUGGGUGCGAUGAAUGUGGGAGAGCCUUCAGCAUGAAGUCACACCUCUUUGUACAUCAGAGAAUACACACAGGAGAGAAACCUUAUGUGUGUACCAGGUGUGAGAGAGCUUUCAGUGAAGUGUCAUGCCUUAUGAGACAUCAGAAAAUCCAUACUGGGGAGAAACCUUAUGAAUGUAAUGAGUGUAAAAAAGCCUUUUCUGAGAAGUCUGACCUCAUUAUACAUCACAGAACUCACACAGGAGAAAAGCCCUACAAAUGCAAUCAAUGUGGAAAAGCCUUCAGACAUAGCUCAGCCUUCUGUCGACAUAAAAGGACUCAUCAAGAAAAAAUUCCUUAA